AUGAGGGUGGAGAUGAGGGUGGAGAUUGGGAUGGAGAUAAGGGUGGAGAUCAGGGUGGAGAUUAGGCUGGAAAUCGGGGUGAAGAUGAGGGUAGAGAUUAGGGUGGAGAUGAGGGGGGAGAUGAGGGUGGAGAUCGGGGUGGAGAUUAGGCUGGAAAUCGGGGUGGAGAUGAGGGUGGAGAUGAGGGUGGAGAUUAGGCUGGAAAUCGGGGUGGAGAUGAGGGUGGAGAUCGUGGAGAUGAGGGUGGAAAUUGGGUUGGAGAUGAAGGUGGAGAUCAGGAUGGAGAUGAGGGUGGAGAUUAGGGUGGAGAUUAGGGUGGAGAUCGUGGAGAUGAGGGUGGAGAUCGGGGUGGAGAUGAGGGUGAAAAUCGGGGUGGAGAUUUGGCGUGGAUGGUACACCUUCAGCAGUGAUCUGACUCAGUGUGACAUUGUACCCCAACAGCAUGGACAAUACACCCUCAACAUUGACCUGACUCAGUGUGUCAUUGUACCCCAACAGCAUGGACAAUACACCCUCAGGAGUGACCUGACUCAGUCUGACAUUGUACCCCAACAGCAUGGACAAUACACCCUCAACAGUGACCUGACACAGUGUGACAUUGUACCCCAACAGCGUGGAUGGUACACCCUCAGGAGUGACCUGACUCAGUGUGUCAUUGUACCCCAACAGCAUGGACAAUACACCCUCAACAGUGACCUGACUCAAUGUGUCAUUGUACCCCAACAGCAUGGAUGGUACACCCUCAGGAGUUACCUGACUCAGUGUGUCAUUGUACCCCAACAGCGUGGAUGGUACACCCUCAGGAGUGACCUGACUCAGUGUGACCUUGUACCCCAACAGCGUGGAUGGUACACCCUCAGGAGUGACCUGACUCAGUGUGUCAUUGUACCCCAACAGCGUGGAUGGUACACCCUCAGGAGUGACCUGACUCAGUGUGUCAUUGUACCCCAACAGCAUGGACAAUACACCCUCAACAGUGACCUGACUCAAUGUGUCAUUGUACUCCAACAGCGUGGAUGGUACACCCUCAGGAGUGACCUGACUCAGUGUGUCAUUGUACCCCAACAGCGUGGAUGGUACACCCUCAGGAGUGACCUGACUCAGUGUGUCAUUGUACCCCAACAGCAUGGACAAUACACCCUCAACAGUGACCUGACUCAAUGUGUCAUUGUACUCCAACAGCGUGGAUGGUACACCCUCAGGAGUGACCUGACUCAGUGUGUCAUUGUACCCCAACAGCGUGGAUGGUACACCCUCAACAGUGACCUGACUCAGUGUGUCAUUGUACCCCAACAGCGUGGAUGGUACACCCUCAGGAGUGACCUGACUCAGUGUGUCAUUGUACCCCAACAGCUUGGACAAUACACCCUCAGGAGUGAUCUGACUCAGUGUGACCUUGUACCCCAACAGCAUGGAUGGUACACCCUCAGGAGUGACCUGACUCAGUGUGUCAUUGUACCCAAGCAGCGUGGAUGGUACACCCUCAGGAGUGACCUGACUCAGUGUGUCAUUGUACCCCAACAGCAUGGACAAUACAAUCUCAACAGUGACCUGACUCAAUGUGUCAUUGUACUCCAACAGCGUGGAUGGUACACCCUCAGGAGUGACCUGACUCAGUGUGUCAUUGCACCCCAACAGCGUGGAUGGUACACCAUCAACAGUGACCUGACUCAGUGUGUCAUUCGUGGACAAUACACCAUCAACAGUGACCUGACUCAGUGUGUCAUUGUACCCCAACAGUAUGGACAAUACACCCUCAGGAGUGACCUGACUCAGUGUGUCAUUGUACUCCAACAGCGUGGAUGGUACACUGUCAACAGUGACCUGACUCAGUGUGUCAUUGUACCCCAACAGCAUGGACAAUACACUGUCAACAGUGACCUGACUCAAUGUGUCAUAGGACCCCAACAGCGUGGAUGGUACACCAUCAACAGUGACCUGACUCAGUGUGUCAUUGUACCCCAACAGCAUGGACAAUACACUGUCAACAGUGACCUGACUCAGUGUGACAUUGUACCCCAACAGCAUGGACAAUACACCCUCAACAGUGAUCUGACUCAGUGUGUCAUUGUACCCCAACAGCAUGGACAAUACACCGCCAACAGUGACCUGACUCAGUGUGUCAUUGUACCCCAACAGCAUGGACAAUACACCCUCAGGAGUGACCUGACUCAGUGUGUCAUUGUACCCCAACAGUAUGGACAAUACACCCUCAGGAGUGACCUGACUCAGUGUGUCAUUGUACCCCAACAGCGUGGAUGGUACACUGUCAACAGUGACCUGACUCACUGUGUCAUUGUACCCCAACAGCAUAGACAAUACACCCUCAACAGUGAUCUGACUCAGUGUGUCAUUGUACCCCAACAGCAUGGACAAUACACCGCCAACAGUGACCUGACUCAGUGUGUCAUUGUACCCCAACAGCAUGGACAAUACACCCUCAGGAGUGACCUGACUCAGUGUGUCAUUGUACCCCAACAGCGUGGAUGGUACACUGUCAACAGUGACCUGACUCACUGUGUCAUUGUACCCCAACAGCAUAGACAAUACACCCUCAACAGUGACCUGACUCACUGUGUCAUUGUACCCCAACAGCGUGGACAAUACACCAUCAACAGUGACCUGACUCAGUGUGUCAUUGUACCCCAACAGUAUGGACAAUACACCCUCAGGAGUGACCUGACUCAGUGUGUCAUUGUACUCCAACAGCGUGGAUGGUACACCAUCAACAGUGACCUGACUCAGUGUGUCAUUGUACCCCAACAGCAUGGAUGGUACACCGUCAACAGUGACCUGACUCAGUGUAUUCCCCAACAGCAUGGACAAGGGACACAUGGACAAUACACCCUCAACAGUGACCUGACUCAGUGUGUCAUUGUACCCCAACAGCAUGGACAAUACACCCUCAGCAGUAACCCGACUCAGUGUGUCAUUGUACCCCAACAGCAUGGACAAUACACCCCCAACAGUGACCUGACUCAGUGUGACAUUGUACCCCAACAGCAUGGACAAUACACCCUCAACAGUGAUCUGACUCAGUGUGUCAUUGUACCCCAACAGCAUGGACAAUACACCGCCAACAGUGACCUGACUCAGUGUGUCAUUGUACCCCAACAGCAUGGACAAUACACCCUCAGGAGUGACCUGACUCAGUGUGUCAUUGUACCCCAACAGUAUGGACAAUACACCCUCAGGAGUGACCUGACUCAGUGUGUCAUUGUACCCCAACAGCGUGGAUGGUACACUGUCAACAGUGACCUGACUCACUGUGUCAUUGUACCCCAACAGCAUAGACAAUACACCCUCAACAGUGAUCUGACUCAGUGUGUCAUUGUACCCCAACAGCAUGGACAAUACACCGCCAACAGUGACCUGACUCAGUGUGUCAUUGUACCCCAACAGCAUGGACAAUACACCCUCAGGAGUGACCUGACUCAGUGUGUCAUUGUACCCCAACAGCGUGGAUGGUACACUGUCAACAGUGACCUGACUCACUGUGUCAUUGUACCCCAACAGCAUAGACAAUACACCCUCAACAGUGACCUGACUCACUGUGUCAUUGUACCCCAACAGCGUGGACAAUACACCAUCAACAGUGACCUGACUCAGUGUGUCAUUGUACCCCAACAGUAUGGACAAUACACCCUCAGGAGUGACCUGACUCAGUGUGUCAUUGUACUCCAACAGCGUGGAUGGUACACCAUCAACAGUGACCUGACUCAGUGUGUCAUUGUACCCCAACAGCAUGGAUGGUACACCGUCAACAGUGACCUGACUCAGUGUAUUCCCCAACAGCAUGGACAAGGGACACAUGGACAAUACACUGUCAACAGUGACCUGACUCAGUGUGACAUUGUACCGCAACAGCAUGGACAAUACACCCUCAACAGUGACCUGACUCAGUGUGUCAUUGUACCCCAACAGCAUGGACAAUACACCCUCAGCAGUAACCCGACUCAGUGUGUCAUUGUACCCCAACAGCAUGGACAAUACACCCUCAACAGUGACCUGACUCAGUGUGUCAUUGUACCCCAACAGCAUGGACAAUACACCCUCAGCAGUAACCCGACUCAGUGUGACAUUGUACCCCAACGGCAUGGACAAUACACCCUCAGGAGUGACCUCACUCAGUGUGACAUUGUACCCCAACAGCAUGGACAAUACACCGUCAGCAGUGACCUGACUCAGUUUGUCAUUGUACCCCAACAGCAUGGACAAUACACCCUCAGGAGUGACCUGACUCAGUCUGACAUUGUACCCCAACAUCAUGGACAAUACACUGUCAACAGUGACCUGACCCAGUGUGUCAUUGUACCGCAACAGCAUGGACAAUACACCCUCAGCAGUGACCUGACUCACUGUGUCAUUGUACCCCAACAGCAUGGACAAUACACCCUCAGGAGUGACCUGACUCCGUGUGUCAUUGAACCCCAACAGCGUGGAUGGUACACCAUCAACAGUGACCUGACUCAGUGUGUCAUUCAUGGACAAUACACCCUCAGCAGUGACCUGACUCACUGUGUCAUUGUACCCCAACAGCGUGGACAAUACACCAUCAACAGUGAUCUGACUCAGUGUGACAUUGUACCCCAACAGCAUGGAUGGUACACCGUCAACAGUGACCUGACUCAAUGUGUCAUUGUACCCCAACAGCGUGGAUGGUACACUGUCAACAGUGACCUGACUCAGUGUGUCAUUGUACCCCAACAGCAUGGACAAUACACUGUCAACAGUGACCUGACUCAAUGUGUCAUAGGACCCCAACAGCAUGGACAAUACACCCUCAACAGUGACCUGACUCAGUGUGUCAUUGUACCCCAACAGCAUGGACAAUACACUGUCAACAGUGACCUGACUCAGUGUGACAUUGUACCCCAACAGCAUGGACAAUACACCGUGAACAGUGAUCUGACUCAGUGUGUCAUUGUACCCCAACAGCAUGGACAAUACACCGUCAACAGUGACCUGACUCAGUGUCUCAUUGUACCCCAACAACGUGGAUGGUACACCAUCAACAGUGACCUGACUCAGUGUGUCAUUGUACCCCAACAGCAUGGAUGGUACACCAUCAACAGUGACCUGACUCAGUGUGUCAUUGUACCCCAACAGCAUGGAUGGUACACCGUCAACAGUGACCUGACUCAGUGUAUUCCCCAACAGCAUGGACAAGGGACAGUUAAUGGACCUCACAAACUUCAUGAGUGA